AUGACGGGCCCGGUGGCAGAGAUGGACCGCUCAUCCCACAACCUCUCAGUGAAGACCACCUUGGAGGAGGAGAUCGAGAGAGCUGGGAGUACUCUGAGCAGGGUGCCGUCGGUCUGUGAUGACACAUCCUCAGAGCUGCAGAGAGUCGCUGCUCUCGACCCUCACGGAGGCCACUCCAGAAAUUCUUUUCAGAGGACCGGAGCCGUCUCAAGACUGGUGAGCCUGGUGGUGAGACUGAGGGAAUGGGCACACAGGAGCAUGGUGGAGGAGGAGCGGCCAGACUCCUUCCUGGAGCGCUUUCGUGGCCCUGAGAUGAGAACGGCCCCCAGCCGCAUCAGCAACACACAACCAGACGCCAACGGCAACAAUGCCAAAGGGAUCUUUAGGAAAAAGUGGAAUCUGUUUGUGGUGUCCCCGUCCGAUGACGCCUACUACCGCUGGUUAUCUGUUAUCGCCAUAGCGGUGUUGUACAACUGGUUCCUUGUUGUUGUAAGGGCAUGCUUUGAAGAGUUACAGGUGGGCAACUACAUCUGCUGGCUGGUGUUAGACUACCUCUCCGACACUGUGUACCUGAUGGACACUUGUGUCCGUCUACGCACAGGUUUCCUCGAACAAGGCUUGCUGGUGAAGGACCACGCCAAGCUGAGAGACAGCUACGUCCGUACAUUGCAGUUCAAGUUGGACGUGGCGUCCAUCCUGCCCACUGACCUGGCCUACAUCGUCACAGGCAUCAACACGCCACAGCUCAGGUUCAAUCGUCUGCUGCGCUUCCCUCGCAUGUUUGAAUUCUUUGACCGCACAGAGACACGCACCAACUACCCCAACAUCUUCCGCAUCUGCAACUUGGUGCUCUACAUCCUGGUCAUCAUUCACUGGAACGCCUGCAUCUACUAUGCCAUAUCCAAUUCUUUGGGAUUUGGCUCGGACACUUGGGUGUUCCCCAAGAACGCUAAUUCCUCCCUGACUCGGAGUUACGUCUACUGUUUGUACUGGUCAACUCUAACUCUGACCACCAUUGGAGAGAUGCCUGCACCUGUGCGAGAUGAAGAGUACCUAUUUGUGGUCUUUGACUUUCUUGUCGGGGUUCUGAUCUUUGCCACAAUUGUGGGAAACGUUGGCUCUAUGAUAUCCAACAUGAACGCUACCCGUGCUGAGUUUCAAGCCCGGAUCGAUGCCAUCAAACACUACAUGCACUUCCGCAAAGUCAGUAAAGAGCUGGAUACGCGUGUAAUUAAAUGGUUUGACUACCUUUGGACCAACAAGAAAGCAGUCGAUGAGCAGGAGGUGCUAAAGAACUUGCCAAACAAACUGCGGGCUGAGAUUGCCAUCAAUGUACACCUGGAGACACUGAAGAAAGUGCGCAUCUUUCAAGACUGCGAGGCAGGACUGCUGGUGGAGCUCGUGCUCAAGCUACGGCCGCAGGUCUUCAGUCCGGGGGACUACAUCUGCAGGAAAGGGGACAUAGGUAAGGAGAUGUAUAUCAUUAAGGAGGGCAAGCUGGCUGUUGUGGGCGAUGACGGGGUCACACAGUACGCUCUCCUCACCGCUGGCAGCUGCUUUGGGGAAAUCAGCAUUCUGAACAUAAAAGGCAGUAAAAUGGGAAAUCGACGGACAGCCAACAUUCGCAGCUUGGGUUACUCGGAUCUUUUCUGCCUCUCCAAGGACGACUUGAUGGAGGCAGUGACUGAGUAUCCGGAUGCUAAGUCUGUGCUGGAGGAGCGAGGCCGGGAGAUCCUGACCAAGGAGGGUCUUUUGGAUGAGAACGUUGAGAGUGGUGGGCUGCAGAAAGAGGACACAGAGGAGAAGGUGGAGAGGCUGGAGUCCUCCCUGGACUCCCUCCAGACUCGCUUUUCUCGUUUACUCAGCGAAUACACGCAAACUCAGCAGCGGCUGAAGCAGCGGAUCACUCUACUGGAGAGGCAGCUGAAUCCAAUAGACUGGGGCGCACAUUCAAACCUUGAUAUUGGGGCCCCUGCAGAGACAGUCAAUGAAACAGACCCAGUUCCUGCUGCCCACACAGAUGGGUCUCCACUUUGGAAUAAUGUGCAAAUAGAGGACAAGAAGAAUCCGACAUCAUAACAUUAACUGUCUCACAGAUUUGAGACUGUAUGAGAUAUAGACUCAUUUAGA